CAUCGUGUCCUUGCCAAGUUUCCAUCGGCCGGCCAUUAUCACUGGAUUUAGUAAUUUUAACUAUUUUUUAGUAAUAUUUCUUUUGCGCGGGAAUGGAUAGUGUUACGGAAGUAACGCAUAUUAUUGAAGAGGAAGAGGCUCAAGAGUCUGAAGAUUUACAAGAUAUUGAGAGUGGAAGUCACAUAAAUGUUAUUCCAUUACAUUUAAUCAAAGUUUCUAAUAGGGUACAACCAACUUCUGAACAAUUUGCAACAGUUGUCAGGGGAAAGUAUUCGAAAUACUAUAAACAAACUUAUAGACCUGCUUGGGAACAAAUGCCUGAUUUUAAAGGUUGGCUUCGGGGCGUUAAAGGAGAACCUACUAGAGCUUAUUGCAUUUAUUGCCAGAAAACUUUGCACGCUCAUAGAUUAAGUUUAUUGAAACAUACUUGCACAAUUCGACAUCAAAAAGCAGCUCAACUUCAUGGAAAUCCUGCACCUCCUAAGCAGAGUUUUAAUAUAAGUAUGGAUGAUAAUAUUCAGACAGUUGUAAACGAUGAAAACAUUCUUACUGAAGAAGAAGAUGGAGACCUUCAACCACAAAUCAUUUAUACAACGCAGGAAGAAUUAGAGGAUAUUGAGCAGGAGCAGGAGACUGAAAAUGAACUAGAUGAGGAAGAGGAUGAUUAUUAUGGACAAAAUAUUUCUACAUCUGUACAAGAAAAUUCUGUUGUUAAGAACCAAACUAUGGUGUCACCAAUUUCGACUCAUGUAAUAGACACUACAAAAGGUGCACCAAUCACAGGAUUAUCUGUAAGUUUAUAUAAAUUGGUUGAUGGCAGAUGGACGUACAUUAACGAAGGAUUAACAGAUACUUUUGGAAGAUUUUCUGAUUUUAUCAAGUCAGGAAAUUUUAGCCUAGGGCGUUACAAGCUACAUUAUGAUGUUGAUAAAUAUUUUGAAGCCAAAAAACAAGAGAGUCCCUUUCCAUUUAUAGAGGUUGUUUUUGAUGCAUCUUCUUUGACAAAACACCAUUUUCCAUUAUUGCUUAGUCCAAAUAGCUAUACAACUUACAAGUCCAAUGAUUGAAUUUUUAUUUUAUGUAUGUAUUAUUAAAUCAGUAUGAAAAUUUAUGAAUAUGAUGAUUGAAAUUUAAAUGACAUUUUUUUAUAUCAGUAUAUAUAUUAAAUAUUGUUAACAAGUAAAAUAAACAAUAAUAAAAGCAGUUAAUUUAAUGUACAGAUUAGCACAAUAGUUAGAUAAUAACAUAGUACAUAUUUCAUAUUAUAAAAAUUAAUUACAAAUUAUAUGUAUAACAUUACAUUGAUGUAAAAUAAAGAUAGGUUUAACACGAUUUAAGGUAAGGUACUCCUAGCAAAAA